UGGAGACAGUUACAAGGAACAAGAUUUGCUCUUGGAUUUGAAAAGAAAAGAGACCUUCUGUACCGACUUUAUUUUGGUACAAAAUGCCUCCGACUCUCUUCCAGAAACUUUUCAACAAGAGAAAUGCGAUUUCGUCGCCGCCCCCGAGAUGUAGCAAAGAGGACCCAGCUUUCAGCUGGCCAAUCCCCCAGCUGGAGCCCAGUCAGAUCAGGCUGAUCGUCUAUCAGGACUGCGAGAGGCGUGGCAGAAAUGUCCUCUUCGACUCCAAUGCCAAAAAGAGGGGCACAGAGGAAACCCCAAUCACUAGCACUGAGGGCCAGGUGAAGAUGUUUGGGAAAUGCUGCCAGCUCCGUCCUACAGGAGGCAGCAGCAGUUCCCUGGACAGCUCCUCCUCCUCCUGCACCUCUGAAACCAAGGAAACCAAGGAGCAGGGCCUGCGCUUCCAGGGUUCGAGGUGUUCGUCUGAUGUGGUAAUGCUGGGAGAAAUGAUGUUUGGCUCUGUGGCUAUGAGCUACAAAGGUUCGACACUAAAAAUCCACCAAAUCAGAUCGCCACCUCAGCUGAUGCUGAGUAAGGUGUUCACCGCCAGGACGGGAGGAAGUGUGUAUGGUAGCCUCAACACGUUACAGGACAGCCUGGAGUUCAUUGCACCGGACAGCAACACCCUAAGGCCUGAUCAGAACGCUGGGGCCAACAGUCUUUUAGGGAACAUAGGAUUUUCUCAGCUCUGCAGCCCUCGACGGGCCUUCUCUGAACAGGGCCCUCUGCGCCUCAUCAAGAGCGCAUCUUUCUUUUCAGGCCACAGUCACCCCAUGGACAUGCCUGGCAGAGGGCUUUACGAUGAGAGGGACAGCGGCAUCGCCAGGUCAGCUUCUCUGAGCAGUCUGUUGAUCACCCCCUUCCCGUCUCCUGGCUCCUCCCUGACCAGCAGCUGUGCGUCCAGCUACCAGCGCCGAUGGCUCCGCAGCCAAACCACCAGCCUGGAAAACGGCGUCUUCCCCCGAUGGUCAGUCGAGGAGAGCUUCAACAUGUCUGACGAAAGCGGCGGACCAAGCCUCGGCGUGGCUAGGAAGAAGAAGAUUGCCAUCGGGGUCAUCUUCAUGCUGUCCCCCAACCCUGAGGAGAACAACCGCUUUCAGGAUUUCUUUUUCUCUCACUUCCCUCUCUUUGAAAGCCACAUGAACAAACUCAAGAGCGCCAUCGAACAGGCCAUGAAGAUGAGUCGGCGGUCAGCUGAUGCCAGCCAGAGGGCCCUGGCUUACAGCCGAAUGGUGGAUGGACUUAACGAGUUCAGGAUGACCAUCUGCGACCUCUACACCAUGCCCCGCGUGGCUGAGCCCGUCUGGUUGACUAUGAUGUCUGGAGCGUCAGAGAAGAACCAGCUCUGCGGCCACUUCAUGAAGGAGCUCUCCCUGCUGAUGGAGCAGGCCUCCAAGAACCAAUUCCUCCCCGCGUUAUUGACAGCCAUCCUCACCAAUCAUCUGGCCUGGGUGCCCACCGUCAUGCCCAAUGGGCAGCCUCCAAUCAAGAUCUUCCUGGAGAAACACUCCUCCAAGAGCGUCGACAUGCUGGCAAAGACGCACCCCUAUAACCCGCUGUGGGCACAGCUAGGUGACCUGUACGGCUCCAUUGGGUCACCGGUUCGGCUGUCGAGGACAGUGGUCGUCGGCCGCAGACAGGAGCUGGUCCAGAGACUCCUCUAUGUCCUCACCUACUUCAUUCGCUGCUCUGAGCUGCUGGAGACCCACAUGCUGGACAGCGCUGAGGAUGAGGCCAUUGUGAUGCCUGGCUCCCUCAUCACCACCUCCCUAAGGAAAGGAGAGGUGGAGGAGUCGGACUAUGUCCUGGUUACUGUCCAUAAACCCAGCGGGGACUACUUGUCCCAAGGGGCCCACGGCCGACAGACUGAGGUAGAGGACAGCAGCUACCGUUCAGACAACAGCCUCCAGAGCAGCACAUACACAGACACAGAGGUGGAGCACGGUGCCGGGGACACACCUAAAGAGGAAGAUGAGGAGGAUGAGGAAGAUGAGGACAGCAGUGAAAGUCAAGGGUCCAGGAGCAGUGUGCUUCAGCCAGAGCACAACAAUCCCAUUAUCAGGACUGCAGAAGCAGGUGCACUGGGGGAGCUGCGCAGGGAGUCGAGCAGCCCACUAACUACAGAGGCCCGACUGGAGACGGUGCUGCCUGUCAGCUCGGCCUCCCCCAGGGAGCAGGUCUGUGUGCUGGAUACAGAGACCAAGGGCGACUUGAAACUUAUUGUCCCAUCCAUAGCCACAACCCUUGCAUUAAGUCCAUCCCCAACUCCUGCCACCACAGAGGAUAAAAACUCUGUGGCAGAGGCUGGGAUGUGUGCAGGCAGUGGGAACCAGCCCACCACAGUGCUGGCUCCUCGGCCUUUGGGGAUCCCUCUAGAGAAGAAGCCCCCAGAUAAGAAUGUGGCUGCUGCAGUGCCCGUGCCAGUGAUACCAGGAAACACAGUAGCGGGGCCCAUGACUUUGGCUCUAACAGAAGAGGGGGAACCGGCAACAAAAGUCACUUUCCUCAUCGGAGACUCCAUGUCUCCUGAGUCGGACACAGAGAGCCGCAGGAGGAAGGUGGAGGAGGAAAUCAAAAAGCACAAGAAACACCUCAAGGACAAACAUCCGCUUCAGCAUCAGCUGCUCCUGCAUCAGCAACAACAUCAAGGGCAACAUUAUCAACAGCAACCGCAGCAGCUGCAGAGAGGAGCAGAUUCAAAGACCAGCAACACCAGUGCACCAGAGGACCAAACCAAACAGACCAAGGCGGCUCCAGCCCUGCAGCGGGUGUCCAGCAAGAUGCCCCAGUGGAGCCAAAACUGUAUGGACGAUUUUGAUGAGUAUUUCAGCCUAGAGAACCCUGUGGAGACUAGGACUAUAGACGAUGUGGCCAAACGACAGGAGUCCAGCACCACGGACAGUACGCACAUAGACUUGCUGGACCCCUCGGGAGUCCGCCGGCCCGGUGACUUUGGCGGUCACAGCUUUCAGGGUACAGUCAGGAGUCAGGGAUUGGGUCUCUGUUUAGGUUCAGAUAGUGGAGAGGCAGGGUCCAGAAGGAAGGGAGACACUUUGUUGGAUGUCCAAAGGAGGUGCAGGUGCGGGUCUACAGAUUCCUCUGACACUUGCUGCUGCAGGGGCUGUUCUGCUGAGCAGGACAAGGGUCUUCUGUUGUCACUCCCCGUCCCUCAGGAUGGAGGCAGCAGCAGCAAAGAGGACCAAAAGCGCAAAGCGAUGCCAGUCAAUGACUGGGAGAUACCCCGCAACGAGAGCUCAGACAGCGCGCUGGGGGACAGUGAGAGCGAGGAGACGGAGGACUGGCAGGAGGAAGUGCUAGUGCCAUUCCCAGGGUCAAAGUUGGUGGAGAACUACUCAAAGCCAACCAUUGCCAAUUUUGGCCGGUCUCUGUUUGGAGGCUACUGCCCCACCUACGUGCCAGACUUUGUACUGCAUGGGAUGCCCAGCGACGAGAAGCUCCGGCAGAGCCUCAUGGCAGAAUUGACCCAUGCUGUUCAGCAUCCAGUUUUGGAUGAGCCCAUAGCAGAGGCCGUCUGCAUUAUAGCAGACACAGACAAGUGGACGGUGCAGGUGGCCAGCAGUCAGAGACGAGCCACAGACGUCAACAAGCUGGGAAAGGAAGUCCUGGUGUCCAGCCUGGUUUCCAGCUUAUUGCAGUCCACUCACCAGCUCUACAAACUCAACCUCUCACCCAACUUUUGUGUAAUGCACCUUGAGGACCGCCUGCAGGAAAUCUACUUCAAGAGUAAGAUGCUUGCUGAGUAUUUGAAGGGCCAGACAAGAGUCCAUGUGAAGGAACUGGGCAUGGUCUUAGGAAUUGAGUCCAGCGACCUUCCCCUGUUGGCUGCUGUGGCCAGUACUCACUCCCCAUAUGUGGCCCAGAUCCUACUAUGAGACUGUAUAGGCACUUCCCAAGCAAGUGAGCUGCCCGAGGAAACCAGUCCAACCUGGGUGGUGCCACUCUGGCCCCAAAGACGGCCGUCCAUGCUCCGCAGCUGACCCCCGGACAUGGUUUCCUGACCCGCGUGCCUGGGCUGAGUGGGAUCUUUGCUCUGAGCCUGAGCAGUGCACGUCUAUCUGGACCACAGCCACAGCCAGCGCCCCUCACCCUCACUAUUACUGCUGCUGAAUUUGUUGCAAUGCUGAUGUUGCACCACAGGGGGGCACUAGAGACCACAGUCCCACAGCUGGAGAGGCUCUGCGGAUGACUGAAGCAUCCCUGACACGACCUUCUCCUGUUGUUUGAAUGUUUCUUUUAAAACAGGACUCUUUUUAUUUUUGGACAAAAAAGCCAAAGACUUUAUUAAUUUUUCCAGUUGAGAAUGAAACUUUUAAGAUAUCUACAGUAUAAUAACAAUGAAUUUUGUUUCUCCUUCUACUUUUUUUUUUUUCUGUACAAUCUUAAACCGGUGUAACGGACUGCACGUUUAAAGGAAACAGAUGGACGUUUUUAAACAUUAACAGUAUCAAUCUCAUGCCAAUUAUAUUAUUUCAUUUAUCUACAUGUAUUUGUUUACAAGCCAAAUUUCCUUGAGAUAUCCCAGUGACAACUUUUACUUUUUUUUUGUCAAAUUGCAAUGCACACCUGACUUCAAAGCCUAUUUUCUGGCCAUGUGGAGGUGAUCGAUGCUCUCUGUGAUUUUUGAUUCAACAGACUGGUUUUGAAAUGGCUAAAAGUGGCUUUGACAUUCUUAUCAUACCGUAGGUACAGCACUACCUCAGAUCUUCAUAUGGGCAGUAGAUGACACACAUUUACGGUUGUCCCAUAGAAAACCCUGAGGUAUACUUUUUAAGCUAUUUUAAUCAGAGGAAUGUCAGCGUCAACUGUGUGCAGACUCUAUGCUGUGUCCUUUCAAAAAGGGAAGGCUCUUAAAUUCCUGCGGAUGAUCGCUACACAGAAAAAUGGAAGAAAAAAACAUAUUUUUGCUUCAGAAUGUGAUCAAGGAGGAGAAAGGGUCCCUUUAUUACUGUGGAAAAGCUAAAACGUGCAUCAUCUGCGUAUAUUUUAAAACCAAAAUGCUGAAAUAUUUUCACACUUUUAUAGCUUCCCCACCUUUUAUACGAUGUUUACGGCUUCGACGUUUGCUGCAGCGGGAGGAGAACACAGUAGGCCUUAUAGUGGAUUAAAACAUAUACCUGUUAACACUAUUUUCAGUUCCUAUGACACACAAACACGCAAAAUACAAAACAAUAGUAGCACAGUUUGUUUCUUUUUGAUUUUUCCAUGACAGUGGCGGAUAAAUGCUUUUGGUUGUUUUGCCAUAUAACCAGGGUGCGAUUUGCUGAGCGUAAAUACGAGCUGCAGUUGCUUUCACAGCUUCUGUUUUUGGAUUCUCUCCUGGGCGUAAAGUGUAACCUGCAGCGGGGCCAGUGGGACAUUAUUUCAUCAUUCUCAUUGCUGCUUUUUGCUGUCAUCAGUUGACAGCAAUCGGAAACAAAUCUAUAUUUUCUUUGUUUGAUCGCAGAUAAAAUAGGGCAAGUUAAAAAUUCCCCAAUGACUGACUGGAUUAUUUAUAAUAAACACAUUCAAAAGCAGAGAGGAGCGUAGUAGCUCACCUGGUAGCUCACCUGGCGGAGCGUGUUCCAUGUUUGAGGCCCUUUGCUGCACGUCGUCCACUCUGUCCUGCCUGUCCUCUCUCUCAGCUGUCACUCAUAAUAAAGAUGAAAUGCUGAAAAAAUAAUGUUAAAAAACAAGAAGCAGAGAGAAGAGUUUCAAAUGUGUAUGCAGAUCCAUGCAGUACACUGCGAGUGUACUGUGUUUUUAGCCCAGCAGACUAACCUUGAUGUCCAGGGAAUUUACCAGAGGGACGGUGUUUAAUUGAGCCAGCAGCCGGCUCAAUAAAAACUCACCCGAGUGGAUUCUGGAAGCUAACUUUCCCAAUUUUGUAAAAAUCUAAUUUAAAGAUUGGAACGUGCUUCUCAAACACUGUUUGUAACAGAGCUUGUUGAUGGACUUCAGGUUCACAGUGUGUUGAACUGUGCACUUCGAAUGGCUUACAUUGCAAGAAAAAAGCAGGAAUAACUGGCAGCGUAUCCCCGAGACCAGCGUUUCUUUCUAUAAACCCAAAUCGCACCCUGUAUAUGACCCAAGUCUUAAUGGAGAGCAUGAAUGCACACACAGGCUUCUGGAGAGCUCAUUUUGCUGGUAAAAUAUACAUGCUUGUAACUGUAUUGAAGAUGCUCCACUGUUAUCAGCCUACAUUUUGUACAACCCAGCCAUUGUGUUUAAAAGGUAUGAAUUUAUAUCUGCUUUUCCCUCUUUGUAUAUAAAUAAAUUAUUCAGUUGCCCACUAUGUGUAAUGGUUCAUGUAAACUGUACAUAUUCAGUUUAUUUCCAUGUAUCUGUACAGAAUGUCUUUUAAGAAUUGUCUCCUGAAAUUAUUUUUUCCCAAUUUUAUGGGAAUGUUGUGCAAUAAAGAUGCCGAA